GAGAGGCGUGGCUUGGCUGUCAGGUCCCUUCGUCUUUUGUUCAGUUACUGAGUUGCUGCCUUGGCCAGAGUCCGGAGCAGCCGCCGCCCGAACGCGCAGAGCUCUGUUCGCUGCCCGCGCCGGCUCCCAUCCCGGCCCUACCCCUACUCAGUCCGACCAGGCUCCACACGCAGGUGAGGACGAUCAUGGCAGCAGCCACCAUGGAGGUGAUGAACUUGAUCGAACAGCCCAUCAAAGUGACCGAGUGGCAACAGACAUAUACCUACGACUCAGGCAUCCACUCGGGUGCCAACACUUGCGUGCCCUCGGUCAGCAGCAAGGGCAUCAUGGAGGAGGACGAGGCCUGUGGGCGCCAGUACACACUCAAGAAGACCACCACCUACACCCAGGGGGUGCCCCAGAGCCAAGGUGACCUGGAGUACCAGAUGUCCACAACGGCCAGAGCCAAGCGGGUGCGGGAGGCCAUGUGUCCUGGUGAGGACAGCUCGCUGCUGCUGGCUACCCAGGUGGAGGGGCAAACCACCAACCUGCAGCGGCUGGCAGAGCCAUCCCAGCUGCUCAAGUCGGCCAUUGUACAUCUCAUCAACUACCAGGACGAUGCUGAGCUGGCAACCCGGGCCCUGCCUGAGCUCACCAAACUGCUCAACGAUGAGGACCCGGUGGUGGUGACCAAGGCAGCCAUGAUAGUGAACCAGCUAUCGAAGAAGGAGGCGUCACGGCGGGCGCUAAUGGGCUCGCCCCAGCUGGUAGCUGCCGUAGUGCGCACCAUGCAGAACACCAGCGACUUGGACACCGCCCGCUGCACAACCAGCAUCUUGCACAACCUCUCCCACCACCGCGAGGGGCUGCUCGCCAUCUUCAAGUCAGGCGGCAUCCCAGCCCUGGUCCGCAUGCUCAGCUCCCCUGUGGAGUCAGUCCUGUUCUACGCUAUUACUACUCUGCACAACCUGCUGCUCUACCAGGAAGGCGCCAAGAUGGCGGUGCGCCUGGCGGACGGGCUGCAGAAGAUGGUGCCCCUGCUCAACAAGAACAACCCCAAGUUCUUGGCCAUCACCACCGACUGCCUGCAGCUCCUGGCCUAUGGCAACCAGGAGAGCAAGCUCAUCAUCUUGGCCAACGGAGGACCCCAGGCCCUCGUGCAGAUCAUGCGCAACUACAGUUAUGAGAAGCUGCUGUGGACCACCAGCCGCGUGCUCAAAGUGUUGUCCGUGUGUCCCAGCAAUAAGCCCGCCAUUGUAGAGGCCGGUGGGAUGCAGGCUCUGGGCAAACACCUGACGAGCAACAGCCCCCGCCUCGUGCAGAACUGCCUCUGGACCCUGCGCAACCUCUCGGACGUGGCCACCAAGCAGGAGGGCCUGGAGAGCGUGCUGAAGAUUCUGGUGAAUCAGUUGAGUGUGGAUGACGUCAACGUCCUCACCUGUGCCACGGGCACUCUGUCCAACCUGACGUGUAACAACAGCAAGAACAAGACGCUGGUGACACAGAACAGUGGCGUGGAGGCUCUCAUCCACGCCAUCCUGCGUGCCGGCGACAAGGACGACAUUACAGAGCCUGCCGUCUGCGCCCUGCGUCACCUCACCAGCCGCCAUCCUGAGGCCGAGAUGGCCCAGAACUCCGUGCGCCUCAACUAUGGCAUCCCAGCCAUUGUCAAGCUACUCAACCAGCCCAACCAGUGGCCACUGGUCAAGGCAACCAUCGGCCUCAUCAGGAAUCUGGCUCUGUGCCCAGCCAACCAUGCCCCACUGCAGGAGGCAGCAGUCAUUCCCCGCCUCGUCCAGCUGCUGGUCAAGGCCCACCAGGAUGCCCAGCGCCACGUGGCGGCAGGCACACAGCAGCCCUACACGGAUGGUGUGAGGAUGGAGGAGAUUGUAGAGGGCUGCACUGGAGCCCUGCACAUCCUGGCCCGGGAUCCCAUGAACCGCAUGGAGAUCUUCCGGCUCAACACCAUCCCACUGUUUGUGCAGCUUCUGUACUCGUCAGUGGAGAACAUCCAGCGUGUGGCCGCCGGGGUGCUGUGUGAGCUGGCCCAGGACAAGGAGGCAGCCGACGCCAUCGAUGCCGAAGGGGCCUCAGCCCCACUCAUGGACCUACUGCACUCUCCCAACGAGGGCACGGCCACCUACGCCGCGGCCGUUUUGUUCCGCAUCUCCGAGGACAAGAACCCGGAUUACCGUAAGCGCGUGUCUGUGGAGCUCACCAACUCCCUCUUCAAGCACGACCCGGCUGCCUGGGAGGCCGCCCAGAGCAUGAUCCCUAUCAAUGAACCCUAUGCGGACGACAUGGAUGCCACUUACCGCCCCAUGUACUCGAGCGAUGUGCCUCUGGACCCCCUGGACAUGCACAUGGACAUGGACGGGGACUAUCCCAUCGACACCUACAGCGACGGCCUCCGGCCCCCGUACCCCACUGCAGACCACAUGCUCGCCUAGCUGGCUCGACCCCAGUGUGACACCUCUCGCUUUGCAGCCUCCCUCACGCCCGUCGGCUGCUGAGACACGCUUUCCCUUCCCUCUGGAAUCUUCUUUUCAUGGAGGCCCUCUCAUGUUUCUGUUGAGACCCUGGCUCCUUUUUGUGGGGAACAAGUGUGGGGCCUUUUGCAGUUGAGCUCCCGCAAGGAAGGCGUGCCUCGGCCUGCCUUAUUUUGUUAUUUUCGCUGGGGAUGGGGAGUCCUGACUCUUCUAUGAGUAGUGGGCGGGUAGUGCAGGAAGGGCACGAGUUUCUAGGGGACACAGGCCUGCCCUGACUCCUCUGUGUCUGCCCCACCCCCCAGGUGCAGCUCCUCAUCUGGGGGGGCUCUCUGCGCAAAUGAUGGGGCAAGACAGACAAGUGCCUGAGCCUGGGGGACCAGGGCCAUGACUUCCUGCCCAGCCUCGUGCCUCCAUAAGGUCUUUCUUGGGAUGGUGAUCUGCUCUUGCUUUUCUGUUCCGGGUCAUGGGUCCGGGGACUGAUCCCCCCUCCCCAACCCUGUGGCCCCGGCAGUAAAGCUUUAGCCUCUGUUCCCUUCUCAGUACCCCCUUCCCUGCCUUGGCUUUCUAGUUUCAGCCACCUGGGUCCCAUGGGACUUUGGUUCCUUUUCCAGGUCUGAUUUUCUCACUGAACACCUGACCAACUGUCUUGAGCACCUGGGGUCUCCAGGACCCAGGUUCAAGGCCCAAAGCCCCAGAAUCCAAAGCUCCUCUUGAAAAGUUCAGGAACCAUCUGGGGAGAUGGGACAGAGAUAUGGAGAGUGAGUCCCUCACUCCAAGACCCUGCCUGCUUCCCUCCGUGGGAUGCUCAGCUGGCUUUGGUCCCCUCCCCAGGGAGCUCUCUCUCCCCCUCCCCCCCACAAUGACUGCCCUAUUGCCCCCGAGAAGUGCUCUUGGCUGACCCCUCUGGUGUGGUGAGGGGCUUUCUCUUCCCCUUCCCGUUUCAACAGCCUCCCCCAACUUCUGCACAUGGGUGUGGGGGCUGGGGGAGGUCCCUGCGGAGAGUUUUAUUAUUAUCGCUUUAUGUUUUUGGUUAUUGGUUUUUGUAUAGACCAAAGCAAUGGAAAUAAAACUAACACAGAGAUCCA